UCUUAGGGGCUGGCUCCAGUUCGGCCCGCCACCGCAUGCAGGACCGAGGCUGCAUGCCGGAGGACCAGGCCCACGCAGCCAUGGAGGAAGCAUCUCCCUAUUCCUUACUUGACAUCUGCUUGAGUUUCCUGACCACUAACCUUGAGAAGUUCUGUUCAGCACGACAAGAUGGAACAUUGUGUCUUCAGGAACCUGGAGUAUUUCCACAGGAGGUGGCUGAUCGACUGCUUCAGACCAUGGCAGUUCAUGGUCUGCUGAAUGAUGGAACUGUGGGAAUUUUCAGGGGUAACCAGAUGCGGCUAAAGCGCGCUUGCAUUCGAAAAGCAAAGAUUUCCGCUGUUGCUUUCCAGAAAGCCUUCUGCCACCAUAAGUUAGUAGAACUUGAUGCCACGGGUGUGAAUGCCGACAUCACUAUCACAGACAUCAUAAGUGGCCUUGGCAAUAACAAGUGGAUUUAGCAAAAUCUUCAGUACUUAGUACUAAACUCAUUAACUCUGUCCCUCGAGGAUCCUUAUGAGCGGUGUUUCAGCCAGCUUUCUGGUCUUCGAGCUCUGUGCAUCACUAAUGUGCUUUUUUACAAUGAAGAUCUGGCUGAAGUUGCUUCAUUGCCUAGACUGGAAAGCCUGGAUAUUUCUAACACCUCAAUCACAGAUAUCACUGCCCUGCUGGCCUACAAAGCCCGACUCAAGUCUCUCACCAUGCACCAUUUGAAAUGUUUAAAAAUGACUACUACCCAGAUCCUGGAUGUUGUUCGGGAACUAAAACAUCUGAAUCAUCUUGACAUCUCAGAUGAUAAGCAAUUUACAUCAGACAUAGCCCUUCGAUUAUUAGAGCAAAAGGACAUCUUGCCCAAUCUUGUCUCCCUAGAUGUUUCAGGGAGAAAGCAUGUGACAGAUAAAGCUGUUGAAGCCUUUAUACAGCAGCGGCCCAGCAUGCAGUUUGUAGGUUUGCUGGCCACAGAUGCUGGUUAUUCUGAAUUCCUUAUGGGCAAAGGACACUUGAAGGUGUCUGGAGAAGCCAAUGAAACUCAAAUUGCAGAAGCAUUAAGGCGGUACAGCGAAAGGGCAUUUUUUGUCCGGGAAGCUUUGUUUCAUCUUUUUAGCCUGACUCAUGUGAUGGAAAAAACAAAGCCAGAAAUCUUAAGGCUUGUGGUUACUGGUAUGAGGAAGCAUCCUAUGAAUUUGCCUGUGCAACUGGCUGCAAGUGCCUGUGUGUUUAACCUAACUAAGCAGGACCUUGCUUUAGGCAUGCCUGUCUGGCUCCUCGCUGAUGUGACCCAUUUGCUGUUCAAGGCCAUGGAACAUUUUCUUAAUCACCAGCAGUUACAGAAGAAUUGCCUCCUCUCACUUUGCAGUGACCAGAUUCUUCAUGAUGUUCCAUUUAACAGGUUUGAAGCAGCCAUGCUUGUCAUGCAGUGGCUUUGCAACCACGAAGAUCAAAACAGGCAAAGAAUGGCAGUUGCUAUCAUUUCCAUCCUGGCUGCCAAGCUUUCUACAGAACAAACUGUACAGCUUGGUGCUGAGCUUUUCAUUGUCCGGCAACUUCUUCAAAUAGUGAAGCAGAAAACUAAUCAGAAUUCAGUGGACACUACAUUGAAAUUUACUUUGAGUGCCCUUUGGAACCUCACAGACGAAUCCCCAACAACAUGCAGACAUUUCAUUGAAAAUCAAGGCCUGGAACUCUUCAUGAGAGUUCUAGAGUCUUUCCCAACUGAGUCAUCCAUUCAACAAAAAGUUCUAGGACUGUUGAACAAUAUAGCUGAAGUACAAGAGCUGCAUUCUGAAUUAAUGUGGAAGGAUUUCAUAGACCAUAUCAGCAGUCUCCUGCACAGUGUGCAAAUAGAAGUCAGUUACUUUGCAGCUGGGAUUAUUGCCCAUUUGAUAUCUAGAGGUGAACAAGCAUGGACCUUGAGCCGUAGCCAGAGGAAUUCUCUUCUUGAUGAUUUGCAUUCAGCUAUUUUGAAAUGGCCAACCCCAGAGUGUGAGAUGGUAGCAUACAGAUCCUUUAAUCCAUUUUUCCCACUACUUGGCUGUUUUUCUACACCAGGAGUCCAGCUGUGGGCAGUUUGGGCCAUGCAACAUGUUUGCAGCAAGAAUCCUUCAAGAUACUGCAGCAUGCUGAUUGAAGAAGGAGGACUACAACAUUUGUACAACAUCAAAGAACAUGAACAGACAGACCCCUAUGUCCAGCAGAUUGCUGCAGCCAUUCUGGACAGUUUAGAAAAACACAUUGUACGCCAUGGGAGGCCCCCUCCUUGUAAAAAGCAGCCCCAGGCCCGACUAAAUUGAUAGCCAUAGACAGUUGGAUAAUGAACAACAGGAAUCAUUUUUGUGGUUGGUUCAUUUGGAAUAAUAUGCUCUCUGGUGUUGGUGUGGUGUGUGUGUGUGUGUGUGUGUGUGUGUGUGUGUGUGUGUGUGUGUUAAGAGUCCUGUGAUCCAUUUGGGAUUGGUAAUGUAUAGUACUGCCCAUGUG